UUGAUUUGGAAGGAAAUGUUUUGCCCGGAAGUGAUUGCCACGGCUUCAGGAAGAAGAGGCUCUGGGGCCAAAACCCAAUACAACAUAUUUGAUGGUCAUGUGUUUGUGUUUUCUGGUCGAUUCAAAGUGAAUGAGAUGGCGACGAAUGAGGCAAGCUGUGAACAACUACAGAAGCGAGGAACCAAAGACAAACCGAAUGGAUAUUUUGCAGACUCUGUGGUCAGUGAGAGGAGGCAGAAAGAUAGGGAGGAGCGUCUCGCUCUGGUGCUGUGGAGGCGGCCUAUCAUCACACUACACUACUUCCUCCUGGAAACCUUCAUCACACUAAAGGAGUGGACAUUAAAGUUAUGGCGACGAAGGGGGACAGUGUUCUUGUUCCUGGUGUUGUGUUCACUCUUGUCCCUUGCCUACUCCACUGAGGGAGCACACCAGAAGUAUGUGCAGUACCUGGAGAAGAGGUUCCUGUGGUGUGCCUACUGGGUAGGUUUGGGCAUCUUGUCCUCAGUAGGCCUUGGGACUGGCCUGCAUACCUUCCUACUAUACCUGGGUCCACACAUAGCAUCAGUCACCCUGGCUGCGUACGAGUGUGGUUCUACAGACUUCCCCGAGCCCCCCUACCCAGACCAGAUCAUCUGCCCAGAGACAGGAGGAAUGGAGGGCAGCAUCUCACUCUGGUCCAUCAUCUCAAAGGUCCGGCUGGAGGCCUGUAUGUGGGGUGCAGGCACAGCCAUUGGGGAGUUGCCGCCCUACUUCAUGGCUCGAGCAGCCAGGCUAUCUGGAGCAGACCCAGAUGACGAAGACUAUGAGGAGUUUGAGGAGAUGCUGGGGCAGGCAGAGACUGCUCAGGAUUUUGUUACUCGAGCAAAACUGGGAGUGCAGAACAUGGUGCAGAAAGUGGGAUUCUUUGGGAUUCUAGCCUGUGCCUCGAUCCCUAAUCCUCUGUUUGACCUUGCUGGUAUAACAUGUGGCCACUUCCUGGUACCAUUUUGGACCUUCUUUGGAGCGACUCUUAUUGGGAAAGCCAUCAUCAAGAUGCACAUACAAAAACUGUUUGUUAUCAUAACGUUCAGCAAGCACAUAGUGGAACAGAUGGUGUCUCUGAUCGGGUCUCUGCCGAGGGUAGGUCCCUCCAUACAGAAGCCCUUCAGUGAGUACCUGGAGGCGCAGAGGAGUAAACUCCACCACCACACCGGAGAAGGCACCCCGGCGAGUGAGAACUGGCUGUCGUGGGUCUUUGAGAAGGUGGUUCUGGUCAUGGUCUGUUACUUUAUCUUCUCUAUCAUCAACUCCAUGGCUCAGAGCUACGCCAAGCGACGACAACGGAGUCAGCAGCAGCGAUACUCUGAGGAGAAAACCAAGUGACGAGACUCUUGAGUCCCUCAGCUCUGAUCACAAACUAACCUCGCCCUCUUCCAUUCUUAAGAGGCUGAACUGACACUAUUCUGUGUUUGCUUACGGAUGUAUGUGCUGUUUGUUUGUCCCUCUUAUGGUUUUGUAGUUUCCCCUCAUUUGUGUAACUUGUGUGAUUUUAAUAAUAUAAUGAUAGGAUAUGAGCAGUGAAGCAGCAGUUGGAUGUCAACUUUUUGCUGGCAGCUAUACCAGCUGUGAUGCCUUAUGCAAGGUGGAGGGUCCUACUUCCAUUGAACACAGUUCUUAAUCACGACUUGAUUUGUACAUUUUUCACUGUAUGGAUGGACUCUAUGCUGAUAUGAUGCUAAGGAUGUUUUCAGGGUUACAUUUUUCUUGCGUUUUUGUCCUGUUGAUCAGAAAUAGGCCAUCUGUCAUUCGCGUUUCUUGGAUUUGUUUGAAAUUCAAGUUUGCAAUUGGAAAUAGCAAUAUCAAGUCGUCUCAACAUGUUAUUGAUAGUUUGCACAUUCUGGAAAUAUUUUUGGGGCGGUAUGUAUGCACAUGCAUUUAGAAUGAUCUGGACAAACUAACUUGAACCAAAACAGAACUUACAUUACACUCAGCUAACUUGGUGUUAUUUUUAUUCUGUACAUUUACUGAGUCUUUGAUCAGAAUAUAUAAAAUGCCUAAAUCAUU